ACAUCACUGACAUUUAUCAACAAAAUAAAUUGGAUUUUUUUGUUUAUAGUGUGAAAAAAAAAGAAAAUAAAGAAAUUUUUAUAAAUUUAGGACAUAUUGUGAACAAAAAAAAAACUAAAAAAUAUGGCACAAAAUGAAACGAAUCUCAGCGAACAACUGGACAAUGAAGAGGUUCGAGAAAUCUUAAAAAAUACCACAGAUUUAAGACAAUAUUCGCGACAAAUUGAGAAAGAGUUCAAAGAAGUUGAAAACAAAUCAAUAGAAGACUACAUUAAGGAAUCCCAAAAUAUAGCAGCUUUACACAAUCAAAUCGGUGAAUGUGAUGAUGUGCUGGAGCGUAUGGAAAAUAUGUUGAUGAGUUUUCAAAGUGUCCUCAGUAAUAUAAGUACCGAAAUUACCCAGCUGCAAAAGAAAUCGGUGGCCAUGUCAGUACAACUCACCAACAGACAAUCGGUUAAGGCUCAACUAUCACAAUUCAUAGAGGAUAUGGCGGUGUCGGAAGAAAUGAUUAUGUCUAUAAUGGAAACACCUGUUACCGAGAAGGAAUUUGAGAAGCAAUUGAAUAUUUUAAAUCACAAACUGUCCUUGGUAAAGGAAUUGAGUUUUAAAGAAUCUAAAUCGACAGCUGAUGUAGCGGAUGUUUUGCACAAGUUGAGGCUUAAAGCCAUGACUAAAAUACGUCAAUAUAUGCUGGAACAAAUCUAUAAAUUUCGCAAACCCAUGACCAAUUAUCAAAUACCCCAGAAUGCCAUGUUGAAACAUAAAUUCUUUUUCGAAUUUAUACUCUCCAAUGAGCGUCAAGUGGCCCAGGAAAUAUGCAAUGAAUAUAUUGAUACUAUGAGUAAAAUUUAUUAUAGUUAUUUUAAGAGCUAUUCCUCCCGCUUGUCUAGCUUGAAAUUUGAAGAGUCUUGCACUAAAGAUGAUUUAAUGGGUAUUGAGGAUAAUAUUUCCAAAGGCUUGUUUGCCAAAACUACUAGUUUAAAAAAUAAAAGUACUAUUUUCACCAUCGGUAAAAGAGGCGAGAUUUUAAAUCAACAACUGGAAGCACCUAUUAUAGUGCCACAUGCUCAAAUGAAAAAUAGGUACACAUUUGAGGCUUUAUUCCGCUCUGAACAGUAUGCUUUAGUGGACAAUGCCUGUCGUGAAUAUUUAUUUGUCACCGAAUUCUUUAUGGUGCGGGGAGCUCAGGCCCAGGAUUUGUUUAAUCAAAUAUUGGGCAAGACGUUAACCCUAAUGAUAAAAAAUCUGGAAACCAGUAUACAGGAUUGUUAUGACACCAUAGCUAUGUUUUUAUGCAUCCAAUUAAUAUUUCGCUAUCAGUUGAUGUGUCAUAAGAGAUGUGUGCCAGCAUUGGAUAAAUACUGGGAUUCCUUACAAUCGGUAUUUUGGCCACGUUUCGAACAUGUGUUCCGCUUGAAUAUACAGAGUAUUAGAGAUUGUGAUCCUACGAAAUUUAAUAAAGAGUUAGGACCACAUUAUAUAACACGCCGCUACGCUGAAUUCUCCGCUGCCAUUGUGGGCAUCUCUGAACAUUUCCCCAAUGAAUUAGUAAGUCGUUUACUGUUGGAAUUACAGAAUGAAGUAGAAUGUUUCAUACUACGCAUGGCCGCCAUAUUCCCAACACGCAAGGAACAACUUAUUUAUUUAAUUAAUAACUACGAUUUAGUUUUGGGUGUGUUAAUGGAACAUACCCGUGACAAUUCCAAAGAAGCGGAAGCCUUCCGCGAACAGCUUAAUGCACGCAGUGCCGAGUAUGUAGAUGAAAUAUUGGCUCCACACUUUGGUGGUAUUAUACAAUUUGUCAAGGAAUGUGAACCUUACUAUGAAAAGGAACAGCUGGAAGAGUUGCGCAAACAGGAACGUAGAAGUCUAGCUUUGGUGGCCAGUUUUUCGGCUAAUUGGAAGAAGUCUUUAGAGGAAUUAAAUCGUGAAGUUUUAUUAUCAUUCCCCUCACUUUUGACCGGCUCUCAAUUGCUGCAAUUGGCUUUGGCUAGUUUAGUGCAAUACUAUCACAGAUUCCAUAAACUCUUGACGCCCAAUGCUCGGGCUCAAUUAACCAAUAUACAUGUGGUUAUGGUAGAAAUGAAAAAGUAUAAAUGUAAUUAUUGAGAACAGCAAAUAAUUGCCUGUUGUUAGAGAACUAUUUAUAAUAAUUCCAUUAGUUGCUAGACAGAUAUAUAAAAUAAGUAAAUAUAAUUUAAGUAUUAACACAAAUUAAAAAUUUA